AUGGCUGAACACCUGAAAAAGACCUUCAAAGACAGUCUGGGUGAUAUAAAAGAACGAAUGAAAGAGAAGAGAAAUCGGAAAUGGAUAAAGCUGGGUAAAAUCAACUCAAUCUCAAAUGUGAAGUGCAAAAAAGCAACCACCAGCUCUGUGCAAAUGAAGAGUAUUCAAGCAAAUAACAGAGCUCUAGCAGUUGCGUUACAAGAAGAAAAGCUCAAACUCAAGGAAGCCCAGGAUAUGAUCCUCCUUUUACGGGAAGAGUGUCAAGAUCUGAAGGUUCAGAUGUUUGAUUUGCAGAGAAAGCUUAGGUUUGAGAAAGCACAAGGAUCUUUCAAGACUCGACUGUCAGCCUUGAAUGAGAUAAUUUCCAAAGUUUCCCGGAAUUUACUGGACUCUGUUGAUCUCCUUCGUCCGGCAAAGGGCUUGUGUUUCACAGAUGUAAACCAGAGCGUGUUUUCUUCAGUGCUUGAGAAUAAUUCUGGUGCUAUAGGACAAAUGUGUUCUGUAAGGAGCCCACCAUUUGUUAAUGGAGAUGAUCGUUUACUUCGAAGGGAGGUGGAGACUGCUGGUGAUGGAAAUGAGCUGGCUCAGUCAAUGUCAGAGAUCUGCCAGGAAUCUGAGAAUGGCAUUUCAUUAGUGAAAACAUUUCCGGACAAAGGACAAACCUAUGAUUUCCAUCUGGAUAAUGCAAUAUCAGAGUUGGAAAAUGUUCCUUCAAGUGAAAAGGAUAAGCAGCUUGGUAACGUGUUACCAAAAAGUGUGUCCACCAGGCGUCGCUAUUCAAAAAUGAGAACUCAGGAUGAACUUUGCACUGGUGCCUUGGACCAUACUGAAACCCCUGAUUCAACAAGAGUGCUUUCGAAACAGGAUGAAACUAGACUUCUGGAAAGUCUACAGGAAUGUACUGUGGAAAGCAUAAAUUCAGCUAUUUCUCCAUUGAAUAAAAACACGGUAGAUUCAGAGCUGGUCUUGAGGCAGGUACAUUCUGCAGCUGCCCAGGUCAAUUCAGACAAUUCUGAUUUUAAACAACAUGAGCAUAAAAGCAGAGAAGGCUCUCAAGCAAAGAGAGAGAAGCGUCCAAGGAAGAAACCGGAAGAGACUAAAAAUACAUCCAGACCAAGAUCAAAGAAGAGGCAGGGUAAAGAGGCUUCCAAGGAAAAGUCAGACUUCUUGGGCCGUUGCAGUGAUGCUUAUGACUUUCAUUUUGAAGAGUCCAUCCAUGUUACACCUUUUCGACAAAAUAGGGUGAAUGACACAGAAACCAGUAUGGAUGACAAAAAAGCCUUACCUGAAAAUGAUAGCAGUGAAUUGAGCAAUACUGAGGAAGAUUCAGAUGAUAGCAUCUAUGUUCCUUAUAAAUCGAAAAAACGGAAAAGCUCCGUGGGCCAGAAUGACAAGUCACCAAUCCAUCCAAGACCAAGAUCUAAAAGAUGCCUGGCACAGCGUGAGCUGAAACUCCAAAAUGAAAAAGAAGCUAAAAGCAGUAAAUCAAGUGACAAGUCUCUUGGAGAGUCUUUUGAACCAUCUCGUGGUCUCUGUGAUGUUACCAACACUGCUUCAUCACUCCUCCCAGGAAACGCGCUCGCUGUCCUACAAGGCGAAGUGUCUCCAGCUCCAAAACGCAAGAGGAGCUGUACUCUUGCUGUGAGCUAUAAAGAACCAAGCAUUGCAGGGAAGCUUAGGAGAGGAGAUCCAUUCACAGAUACAUACUUCUUGAAUUCUCCAAUUUUCAAGCAGAAAAAAGAUGCUAGACGUCAUUCUCUUAAAGCAUCCUUGUCAAAAUAUAAUGAGAAAUUUGUUGGUUGUCGUUGAGAAUUCCUGUCACACAC